UUCCCGAGACGACGCGAGGACGAAACGAUGGGCGAAGACGCGAAGACCGAGACGGCGUACGGCGCGAUCGCGCGCGACGUCGACGUCGAGGCGACGCCGCUCGAGGGCGAGCGGGCGCGACGCGAAACGCUCGCCGCGAAGGUGCGCGGACGAAAAACGCUCGGAUUGGCCGCGGUGGCGCUCGCGGGCGUCGGCGCGGUGGCGCGGGCGCGCGCGCCGGAGAUGUUCACCGCGUCGCUCGGUCGCGCGCCGCUCGUGCCGGCGCUCGGAUUGGCGGACGGGGCGUAUUACGCGCGGGGCGGGAAGCACCGACUUCGAGACCCGUUCCUCAACGGCGUGCCGAUGAAGCAGAUGACGGACGCGCAGAAGAGCGCGAACGUUGUGAACUGGUGCCGUUUUCGUAAUGUCGCGAGCAACGGAAACUUUCGAUGCGGCGUGACGUGUCGCCAGGACGGAGAAAACGGCUCUAACGCGCCGGAAGUCUUUUACAUCGGCAGCACGCCGGCGGACGAUGACGGCAACGUCUAUCGCACCAUCAGCCGCAAGGGUGAAGAUGGAAAUAUGUACGUCUGUUAUUCUGACUGGUCCCAGAAUAAUGGCUGGAACAGAAAAGUCAUGAAGUGUCCGACGAGCGGAUCCAGAGCUGUUUUGACGAACAGCACCAGUCUUCCCGAAGGCGCGAAGUUAACAAUCUCGGAAGUGCCCGCGGCCAAGAAACACACCCAAAACGUGGAAUAUGAUAUGGGCACCCUCUACACGUUCGUGAACAAAGAUCUCGCGAGUCGUGAAUCGGGCAAAGGUCUGUGCCGGGAUUUCGGCAGCUCAAUUGCGUGCCACGCACGGCAGAACAACAUCGCGGACGUCAACGCCCAGUUUGAAUUCAUCCCAGUCGUGCCAGACGACGCUUCCGGAGAUGUCUCCGCUUGCCCGGCGUAAAUUUGCCGCGUGAUGCGUACUAAGUCUCGCCAUCCCUGGCGAAUUUUGUUCUCAAGAAGUCAUCGCCAGUCGACGAUGAAUCCCAAACUCUUACAAUAAAAUGCGUCCU